UAUUUCUGCAGUAAAAUGGCAGAAGCCAGAUUUUCUCAGGAUGAGUUCUUGUGUCCGGUGUGUCUGGAUCUCCUGAAGGAUCCAGUGACCAUCCAGUGUGGACACAGUUACUGUAUGAGCUGCAUUACAGACUGCUGGGAUGAAGAGGAUGAGAAGAGAGUCUACAGCUGCCCUCAGUGCAGACAGACCUUCAGUCCAAGACCUGCUUUAUUUAAGAACGUGGUGUUUGCUGAAAUGCUGGAGAAACUGAAGAACACUAAACUUCAAAGUGUGGUUCCUGCUGGAGCUGGAGAUGUUCAGUGUGACGUCUGUACUGGAAGAAAAUACAGAGCUGUCAAGUCCUGUUUGCUGUGUCUGGAGUCUUACUGUCAGAAUCACCUCGAACAACAUGAGAGUUGGUUUAAAGGAAAGAGACACAGUUUGAUUGAUGCCACUGGACGACUGCAGGAGAUGAUCUGCCAGAAACAUGAGAAGCUCCUUGAGGUUUUCUGUCGCACUGAUCAGAAAUGUAUAUGUGUGCUGUGUACAAUGGAUGGACAUAAAAACCACGAAACUGUAUCAGCUGCAGCACAGAGGAGAGAGAAACAGAAGCAGCUGAAGGAGACGCAGAAGACUCUAAAACAAACAGGCAACCAAUUUAAAAAAAGAGAAGUUUGUCUCCGUCUCAGUUCAGACUUACUGAAGCUGAAUCACUGUGUGUCCUAACAGCGCUCUGCACAGACAGCAGUGAAGGACAGUGAGAGGAUCUUUACUGAGCUCAUCCGCUCCAUUGAGAGAAGCCGCUCUGAGCUGAUACGACUGAUCAGAGAUCAGGAAAAGACUGCAGUGAGUCAAGCUGAAGAACGACUGGAGCGACUGGAGCAGGAGAUCAAUGAUCUGAGGAGGAGAGACGCUGAGCUGGAGCAGCUUUCACACACACAGGAUCACAUCCAGUUCCUGCAGAGUUUCCAGUCUCUCUCAGCACCUCCUGAAUCUACAGAUGUAAAUGAUGAUCUCUUCAGUUCUAUCGUCACUUUUGAUGGUCUGAGAAAAUCUGUCCGUCAGCUGAGAGACAAACUGGAGAAUUUCUGCAAAGAGGAGCUCAAGAAGAUCUCAGACAGAGUCACAUUCACCAACAUUGUUCCCAGAACCAGGAAGGACUUCCUACAAUAUUCCCAUCAGCUCACUCUGGAUCUGAACACAGUGAAUAAAUACAUGUGUCUUUCUGAGAGCAACAGAGUGAUUACUACCACUAAAACAGUUCAGUUGUAUCCUGAUCAUCCAGACAGAUUUGAUUAUUUUCAGCAGGUGUUGUGUAGAGAGAGUGUGUGUGGACGCUGUUACUGGGAGCUGCAGUGGAGUGGAGAUUAUGUGCGUUUAUCAGUGUCAUAUAAGAGCAUCAGCAGGAAGGGACGGGGUAAUGAAUGUUUGUUUGGAUUGAAUGAUCAGUCCUGGAGUUUGAUCUGUUCUCCUGACAGUUACUCAUUCAUACACAAUAACAAAGAGACUGUUCUCCCUCUAGAGUCCAUCAGCAGUAGAAUAGGAGUGUUUGUGGAUCACAGUGCAGGAACUCUGUCCUUCUACAGCGUCUCUGACACGAUGAGCCUCAUCCACACAGUCCAGACCACAUUCACUCAGCCGCUCUAUCCUGGGUUUGGGUUUAAUAGUGGAUUGUUUAUUCUUUGGCCUGGAUCAGUAAAACUGUGCUGCUGAAUCAGAAUAGACUGACGAGAGAUUCUACCCAUAAUGCUUUGAGCAUUAUGAUAAAUCUGUAACAGUGAGAUGUUAUAGAAUCUCUUCUUAUCUUUUCACUACAUAUAUGUUUUAUUAACAAAUUCGGGAGGAUUUAAAUAUAUAAUAUUU